UCCAUAAAAGCCCCAGCCUUCACCUGAGCAGCGAGCUACCGGUUUCCAGGCUCCACUGCACAGCUCUAGCUAUAGCCUUUCCUUUCUCUCUAAUAAACCCUACUUGGUACACCGGCUUUGGCUUACAAGUCAACCAGCUGCCUCACGAGCCAGUUCUCUGGCCUGUGAAGGCAAGGACCCUCGACACCGGCCUGCAACACUUUAAACUGGCACAUAACACUGGAAGGGUAGUGACAGCAGCGAGUCUAGCUGGUUGAGGCUGUUCCAAGCCUCUCUUUCCUGAAGACACUGUGACCUCAUCCCUGUCCCUUUACUUAGCCCUCAAGUCAUUUUGUUCCUUUUCCUCUCAUUUACCCAGGCAGAAGCUGUUCCCGUUGCUGCUGUUCUGCGGAGUACAGCGGGGUGGGGAGCCACUGAUCUUCAGCCACCAAGGAGAGGGAUAUCCAGAUGGAGACCUCCACAGCUGUGGAAGCUGAUUUUCCAAGUGGCCAGGCUGCUGCAUGUGCGGUGCCAGUCGCUGUGCAGGCAGCUCAGAGUGCAGGGCAGAUGCUACAGCAGGGAGCUUCUGAAGCAGGAGGGUGCCAUGGAGAGGCUGUGCCAGGUCUGCUGCAGGGGCCUCCCCAGGCACUGGAGCCUCUUGCCCUUUGUGAACUUGAGGACACCAGAGAGAUGGCCAGAGAUGCCCCCCAGGAACUGUUUGUUCCCGAGAAAGCUAGAAGGCAGAAUGACUGUGAAGACGGUAUGUCCAGGUCAGACGUGGCUUUGAAUUCAGGCUCUGCGACAGAUCGGCGAGGCCGCUGGAAAGGGCGAGCUUACCAGUGCAGUGCCUGUGAGCGGAGCUUCAAGUGCUGCUCGGAUGUGGUGAAGCACCAGAGCAUCCAUUGUGGGGGGAAGCCGUACGAGUGCAGUGACUGCGGGAAGGCCUUCAUUCACAGCUCGCACGUGGUCCGGCACCAGCGCACGCACACCGGGGAGAAGCCCUACGUCUGUGAGGAGUGCGGCAAGGCCUUCAGCCAGAGCUUCAACCUGGUGCGACACCAGCGCACCCACACCGGGGAGAAGCCGUUUGAGUGCGCGCAGUGCGGCAAGGCCUUCAGCCAGAGGUCAGACGCUGCCAAGCACCAGCGGACCCACACUGGGGAGAGGCUGUACGAGUGCCACGAGUGUGGCCGAACCUUCAUCCACAGCUCCAACGUCAUCCGGCACCGGAGGGUUCACCACGGCGAGAACCCGUAUGAGUGCAAGGAGUGCGGCAAGGCCUUCAGCCAGAGCUCCAACCUCAUCCAGCAUCAGCGCGUGCACACCGGGGAGCGGCCCUACACCUGCCAGGACUGUGGCCGCUCCUUCAGCCGCAGCUCCUUCCUCAACGAACACCGCCGGAUCCACACUGGGGAGAAGCCCUACGAGUGUGGCCAGUGUGGCCGCGCGUUCCGGGCGCUGUCCGGCUUCUUCCGGCACCAGAGGGUCCACACAGGCGAGAAGCCUUUCCGCUGCGCCGAGUGUGGGCGGGCGUUCCGCCUUAGCUUUCAUCUGAUCCAACACCAGCAGGUGCACAGUCCCGACUGAGACUGCAGCAGGGCUCGUGGGGCAGAGAACAGAAGAGGCUGGAGGUGAGCGCAGGGGGCACUGGAGUCCCCAGGUCUGCACCCUCACUCGUGGUAAGGAGUAAAGCUGCUUGAGCCCAAGUACCUGAGGAAAAGGACAACCCCAGCCCAUCCUGGCCACGCUGCUGGGCCUGUGCUUUGGUCAGCAAGACUCUCCUGUGCCCGUCUAUCUUCCACUGUCCUUUGCACUGUCUGUGUGGCUGCAAAGGCAGACGUCACCAACCACCUGAUGGCUGCUUCCCCCAGACAAAUGAGAAAGUGAGAAGUCAGACAUAAAUAUCUGCCUGUGAACUUGGAGGGAAACAGAACUAGUGAAGGCAAUGAAAAGGUGAACGAAAUUUCAUUUCCUAACCUCAGAGACUAAAAA